GCUUAACUCCUGAAUAUCAUCACUUAAAGAAAUACACAUUUGUUUUGAUUUUCGCUGCUUUGGAUUUUCACUUCAAUUCGUAGGCUUCUGUCCCACAGGUUCCCACCCCUCUCUUGCGCCCCCGCCUUAGCUGAGCUGAAAACAGGAGUUUCGACAGCUUUACGUGUUUUACGAAAUCGGUAGAACAGGUCAGACCAGUCGAGCGCCGCAAGACAGCCACUCCAAGUUGUUGUGCCCUUUUCUUCGACUUUGUACACAUCUACGUGUCCAUGUUUGAAUCCUUUUGGUCUCUGCAGCCGACAGCGGGAGGAUGGAGAGCUAAGUAUUCAGAAGAAUAUCGUUUGCCUGGCGGCUGAUGUGCUCCACGCAAGGAAAGAGUGGACAUACAGUAUUCAAUACUGAAAGCUACCUUUGUUUCCUGGUCCCCACACCCAAUGGCUGACUGUCUGCUUGGAGUUUACAUAUUCUCUGUGUGUUCAAACUUUCAUCCAAUAAUGCAGGACAUGUCUCAUGUGUUCAUGUACCAAUGCCUUAUCUUUACCAGCCACCAGUGCUCAUCUGUGACAACUAUUAUAAUGUUUCUUCUGCUGUGCACCAUUCUCUACUGCCGCUCUGGAUUUAUCAACUUGAUGAAGUCACUUGGGAGCUUGUCUGUAUAUGAAGGACCUCCUUGGUCUUUGUCUUACACAUCUCAGUGGGAGGAAAGUGCUAUGAGGAAGCAGCUUCUCUCGAACAUCACCUUGUGCUUUCUUGCCACUUGGAUGCCUUUUAUAUUUUUGCAGGCAGUUGUCCUAUUCCUAAGGGCAGAUAUCCCAGCAUAUUUGGACUUGAAUGUUCCUUGGCUCUGUUUCCUCAACAGUUUCCUCAUUGGCACAGUGUACUGGCUCAGGAACCAGGAGGUUGGUAUGAAGAGCUCUGCUUUUCCAGAUGGGUUUUGCUGCUGGAAUUUUUCCUACUCUUUGGAAAAUGAAACCCAUCUUGUUCCCAACAGUAAGUCUUUAAUCACAACUGUCAUCAUUACACCAUAGUAAAAUUUGACACAAGAGACACAGUUCUCCCAUAAGAGGUUCAAAUUAUCUUAAAAUGGUAAUCUGGGUGUUGUCUUCCUGCUUAAGUCUAGCUGCUUAGGCAGUUGAGGGCCUGCCAUAAGUUUUGCAACACUUUGAAAAAUUUAAAUAGUAUUUCUAAUUAACACUUCUGACAACAUAUAUGUACAAUCUCUUUUUCCUGGGACUUAAGAGUGAAGGAUGCAAAUUCAGUUCUGCAUUGAGUUAACAGCUCUGUAAGAAGCCUGCGGUCUAUCAAAAAGUACAACUGCACCUAUUUUACACACAAUGUAUUUUCUUGAAUAAAUAUUUUUCUGCACA